GGCAUUUUCUCGAUCACUUGCAGAGCGAAUGAAUGAAAGCUAAUGAGACAUUUCACUGAUAAAGAUAGUCGCCCUCCGACCCAGAAGCAUACAAGUCAUCACAGAGUGUGUCGAUCACCCUCUUCACCUCAUACCCAUUCGCCCGCCCGCUGGCCACGAAGUCCACCGUCUCAGAGGCAGCCACGAUUUUCUCCUUUUCCUUCCCUCCCCACCACCACCACCACCCCAGCUCCCUCCGCCCUUUGCUGCUCUCGCCGAUGGUGAAAACCGACGUCAGCAGAGGGGGUGUGUCAUAGCUGGCGAUAUCACCUGCAGAAAGCGCACACACAGAGGGGAGGGGAGGGAUGUCAGGUCAGAGAGGUGGACGGUUAGAUGGAGGCUCAUCCUACCUUGACAGGAUGACUUGAGGUGUCCGUCGCAGAGACAGACUUUGUACGUGCCGGCAGCCGUAAUGUUGUAGCUGUGGCGCAUGUCCCCACACACGAUGGUGUCCUCAUUGUACACCUCGCACGGCGUCCUGGCAAACCUCUUGACACCAAGACCAUCUGACACCAACAACCAAGGUGACCCGUCCUUUUUGCCCCUCUUCACAUGUCUCUCUCUUACCCGCUACCGAGGCUCUGCGCCCACACUCAUCGCCCUCCCUCACAAUGGCGAUCCGCAGCUGCUUGGCGGCCUUCUCUCGCCCUCUCCCCAGCCCCGAGCCCUUGAGCAGCACCACAAACAGCUCCCCGGCCGCCACUGGUUUUGGGGUCAGGUGGUACUGUUUGAGUGAGGGGGAAGUCUGGUUGCCCUGAGGUGGGAGCGGCACAGGGGUGACCUCCACAGUGUCGGGGACGAUGGCGUUGUCGGGGUAGUUGUGGAACGGGGGAGAGGGGAGAGAAGACAGACCCAGAGGGUGGAAGGCCACCUGCGAAUGGGGGAGAGGCAGCCAAUAUGGCAUGCAUGCUCGAGUGCGGAUAGGUCGUUACUCGAUGUUUGAGGUGGUUGCAGAGCGAUGGCUGGUCUCGUAGGUGGGCGAAGAAUGGCAAAGCGUCGGUGAGAGACGUCGCCACCGGGUCCUCGAGCAAGCGGAGGUGGAACGACCAGGCUUUCUGGGACACACACACACACACACACUGUGGCCCGAUCGCAUAUUGCGUCUCUGUGCCAUUCCACCUUAGCGAACGUUUUGCACUUCGACCAGAGAGCCGUGCAAGUGCCCUCCGCAACCGACACAUCCACCACACCAAAACCUGAACAGCAAAGAGGCCAAUAAAGGCAUUCUAUCGCUUUCUUCGCCUCACUCUUUUGUUUGUAGAAGGUCUUCGCGGGCCACUCUGGGUCGCAGGCGAAACACAGCGCUCCGGCGGCAUACUCAAGCAUCACACGAUAGCACGGCUGCACCAGAGAGGAGGGAGGAAAGACGCUUCUUGUCGUGACCAAAUUUGCCCCUCCCAAUGAGUUACUUCAAACAGCCUCCUAUCGAAGAGUUCGUCCAUGUUAGCCAGCAGCUCCACCAGCGCCUCUCGCUGCGAUGCCGACAGCCCCAUCGGCGCAUUCAUCAUGUCGUGGAACAGGGCACUCUGGCGCUUGAAUGCGGUCAUGUCGGCAGCGAAUGUGCGGCCCCAGUGCUUGAGGUGAGAGAUGAUAAGGGAGGAGAGGGCGGGCGAAUCGUGGCAGCAGGUGUCCUGGUUCUGCCACUGCGAGCAGACGGGGAGUAGGCUGGCGGCAGUGGGUGCGGCGAGUAGGCUGGCGUUCGAGUGCACAUGCCAGAGACCCUUGAAGCUGCAUGCAGGAAACCAUAGGCAUGGAUGGAUGGAUGGUUGAGAUUUUGAUGCAUCCAUCUGCCUUACAUCGGGUUGUGGCAUGCCAAUCCGCUGUAGGAGACCCCUUCAACCGCUCCAAGGGCCACUGCUAGCACAAGGGCGGCAAGCAUGGUCUGAAGCACCGGAAUCUUG